GUUGAUUUCAAUACAUACUACUCACUGUUCCAUUUUCCCACCAUGAUUGACCCUCGCCCUUAUCACAUUCUAAGCUAUGGCACUCUACUCGGUGUCCAAGUGUAUCAGACCUUCGUUUCCGGGAUUGUAGCUUUUAGAGCCCUUCCUCGACCUCAGUUUGCUUCGUUGCAAACUGCCACAUUCCCAAUUUACUUUUCUCUUCAAACGGCACUUCCAGUGCUAGUUGCUUUGACAGCUACCAACAAUGGACAGCCGCUCGGCAUCUCCGGACUCUUGGAGAACCCCAAGACUUUACUCCCCAUGGCCGCGGCUGCUGUGACUGGACUUGUCAACAUGGUCGUGCUCCGCCCUCUGACUGUUAACACCAUGCGUGAAAGAAAGCACCAGGAAACCCGGGAUGGCAAGAAGAGUUACGACCCCCCUCCCCAUUCCAAGGAGAUGGUAGCUCUUAACAAGAAGUUCGGCCGACUCCACGGCUUCUCAAGCUUGAUCAACCUGGUCUGUCUCGGUGCUACCAUUUACUAUGGUGCUGUACUUGGCAAGCGACUGGCUUAAGGACAUGUCCUUUGGUGAUUUGAGCUGGUCAUAUAUGCCUCAGUGCACUAUGGCAGGUCGUUCCGGCCUCGAUUUAUCCUUGUAAAUAGUGAAAUUUGAUCUUAAAAGAUUUGAGGCGAUGCAAAUAUGUCCAAUUAACCCUUUGUUAGUUUCGUCUAAACACAUACCCUACCGGCUUUUUCGCAUUUACAGUCUCUUUAACAGCUAAAUGGUCCAUACACAGAGACAUACACAGAGAGAGAGAAGUCCUCAGUCUCUCAAUUUUUACC